AUUAUAAUCACAAGCGCUUCCUCUACCUCACUCUCUCUCUCUCUCUCUCUCUAGCUCCACAAAAUCUCAUUUCUCUAACAAUGGCGGAACUCAAAUCUCUCUCCCUCUUCUUCUUCUUCUUCCUCUUCACUCUCCUCGCCUCCACCGCCGAACCUCGCCUAACCACCGACUUCUACUCCAAAUCAUGCCCUCGCUUCCACGACAUAGUCCGCGACACAAUCUCCACCAAACAGAUCACGAACCCGACCACCGCCGCCGCCGUCCUCCGCCUCUUCUUCCACGACUGCUUCCCCAACGGCUGCGACGCCUCCAUCCUCAUCUCCUCCACCGCCUUCAACUCCGCCGAGCGCGACUCCCCGAUCAACCUCUCCCUCCCCGGCGACGGCUUCGACGCCGUCGUCAGAGCCAAAACCGCCCUCGAGCUCGCCUGCCCCAACACCGUCUCCUGCUCCGACAUCAUCUCCGCCGCCACUCGCGACCUACUCGUCACCGUCGGCGGUCCUCACUACCCGGUCUUCCUCGGCCGCCGCGACUCGCGCAUCUCAAAAGCCUCCCUCCUCGCCGACCUCCUCCCUCUCCCGUCGUCUCCGAUCUCCAAGACCAUUCGCCAGUUCGAGUCCAGAGGCUUCUCCGUUCAGGAAAUGGUCGCUCUCAGUGGAGCCCACUCCAUCGGAUUCUCCCAUUGUAAAGAGUUUGUGGGCUUGGUGGGCCGGAACAGUACCGGGUAUAACCCGAGAUUCGCUGUCGCGUUGACGAAAGCUUGUUCUAAUUACCCGAAAGACCCGACGUUGUCUGUCUUCAACGACAUUAAUACUCCGAACAAGUUCGAUAAUAUGUAUUACCAAAAUAUCCCCAAGGGUCUUGGGCUACUUGAGUCGGAUCACGGGUUGUACUCAGACCCGAGAACCCGACCUUUUGUUGAUCUUUACGCUAGAGAUCAAGAUCGGUUCUUUAAAGACUUUGCUAACGCUAUGCAAAAGUUGAGUCUUUACGGUGUACAGACUGGUCGACGGGGAGAGAUCCGGCGAAGGUGCGACGAGGUUAACUGAGUUUAAUUUUUUUGUUUUGGGGACAAAAAUGUGAGAGAUUUGAGAGUGUGAAAUCAUCUGAGUAAAUUGCUCAUGUUUUUCCUCUACAAUGUAAAACACCUAUGAUUUAUAUGGAUGAUCGUUUUACU